GUCUUGAUUGGUCAAUUUACACAUCUCCCUUUCUUCUCUUCUCUUCUCUUCUCUCUCUCUCUCACAUCGCUUGCUUGCUUGCUUCAUCUCUUUGGUCUCCUUCUUGCGUUUUCUUUCUAUUAACUACUGAGAUACACCAAACAAGAGAAGAGAGACCUUUUUACUAAGCAUUAGCCAAAAAAAAAAAAAGAGUUUUUUUCUUUCAGAUAUGGGUUAGUCUCCAAUUUUGCAUUAAACCUCUUCUUCUUCUUCUUCUUCUUUCUUUCUCUCUUAGGAGAUUGUUUAGAGCUCUAUCCUUCUCUGUUUUUUUUUUAGGGUUAGGGUUUUUUUUUUUCAAGGUGAGGUUGUGAGCAAGUAUGCGGGAGUUACUUCCUUUUUGAGUUACUCUGGAUUCCUCACCCUCUAACGACGACCACCGUCGCCGCCGCCGCCGUCGUCUCGACGAAGAAGAAGACUCUGAGCUUCCUCAAUAUGCUCAAUCAAUGUCAGACGAAUUCCUCCACCCGCCAGCACCACCACCACCGCGUCCUCCUUCUUCAAUGAGGCACCACCGCGCAACGUCGGAUUCCGCUGACGGCGGAUGCGGCGAGAUUGUUGAGGUUCAAGGUGGUCACAUUGUUCGGUCCACUGGAAGAAAAGAUCGGCACAGCAAAGUCUGCACGGCCAAAGGACCACGUGACCGGCGCGUGAGGCUCUCUGCUCACACGGCGAUUCAGUUCUACGAUGUUCAAGACAGGCUUGGCUUCGACCGUCCUAGCAAAGCCGUUGAUUGGCUUAUCAAAAAGGCUAAGACUUCCAUCGACGAGCUCGCUGAGCUUCCUCCGUGGAAUCCCGCCGAUGCUAUUCGCCUAGCCGCUGCCAACGCUAAACCCAGACGAACCCCCGCCAAAUCCCAAAUCUUGCCGUCUCCACCGCCGCAGCAGCAGCAGCAGCAACAGCAACAGCUUCAGUUCGGUGUUGGAUUCGACGGAGGAGGAACAGAGCAUCCGAGUAGUAACAACAACGAGAACGAGUCGAGUUUUCUCCCGCCGUCUAUGGAUUCAGAUUCGAUUGCUGACACUAUAAAGUCGUUUUUUCCGGUGGUUGGUUCUUUAACGGAGGCUCCUCCUAAUCAUCAUCAUCAGCUUAUGCACAACUACCAUCAUCAUCAGCUUAUGCACAACUACCAUCAUCAUCAUCAGCAUCCGCCGGAUUUGCUCUCUCGAACUAAUAGCCAAAACCAAGAUCUCCGUCUCUCGCUGCAUUCGUUCCCGGAUGGUCCACCGUCGCUUCUCCAUAACCACAACCACCACCACCACCACACCUCUGCUUCCGCCUCCGAACCUGUUCUGUUCUACGGGCAGAGCAAUCCGUUAGGGUUUGACACAUCGAAUUCGGUGAGCUGGGAGCAGCAGUCAUCGGAAUUCGGAAGGAUUCAGAGACUAGUGGCUUGGAACAGCGGCGGUGGCGGCGGAGCAACCGAUACAGGAAACGGAGGAGGGUUUCUGUUCGCUCCUCCUCCUCCUUCUUCCUCGACGACGUCGUUUCAGCCAGUUUUUGGCCAAAGCCAACAGCUUUAUUCUCAGAGGGGUCCCCUUCAGUCCAGUUACAGUCCCAUGAUCCGUGCUUGGUUUGAUCCUCACCAACAUCAUCAAUCCAUCUCCACCGACGAUCUCAACAACCACCACCACCACCUUCCUCCGCCGGUUCACCAAUCAGCAAUCCCCGGAAUCGGGCUUGCCUCCGGUGAAUUCGCUUCCGGUAUUCGCAUACCAGCACGGUUUCAGGGACAAGAAGAGGAGCAGCACGACGGUCUCACCCACAAGCCGUCCUCUGCUUCCUCAAUUUCUCGCCAUUGAACAAUUGAAAACUAAUCCUCUCUCACAAUCCAGGGCUUGUCAAGCCUUCCAUGCACAUUGAAGCUUGACUUAGAUUGUUCGGAACAGGGGAAGGCGCUCUCGGAUUGUGUGAUUCAAUGGCCUGAAAAGAAAGAAAACGCAAGGAAAGGAUGAAAGAGAAGAAGAAGAAGAAGGACAACAAGUGUGUAACCCACAAUUUCAGGUUCUUCGACUUCCUUCUUCCAAUAUCCUGACCUUGCCAUUUGUAAUUUUUCAUCUUUUUUUCACCAGUUAGACCAACUCUUCUGUAGCUCAAUUAUGGUUAGAUUCCAAGGUUUGCUACUUGUUGUGUUAUGUUUUCGUAUCAUCAUCAUCCUCUUGUUACUGCAGUAACCUAGAUACUUGAGAAAUUGCAGUUCCCCCUGUUCUUGUUGUGUAACUUUUAUGGAUGUUCUUCUAAUAAAGUCUUAAACUUUCACUUUUA